UUUUUGGCUUUUGAAUUCAUAACUGAACCAGCAAACACCCCGGCUAAUCAUACGAUCCAUGGCGAAUUCGCUAUAGAGCUGGAGGCUUUGGUCCAACACUGAGGAAGUGAGGAGUGCGACCUACGUUACUCGAUCGAUCCAGCGGCCGGCCAUGUCGGCGCCGGCCUCUCUGCGGCAGCGCUGCGCAUUGGGCCGUGCCAUGGCUGUCGUCGCCGUCGGCCUCCUCGUCAUCGUCGGCACGUACCUUCUGUCCGCCGGCGACGGCGACACGGAGGAGUUCUUCAGCGACGCCGCCGCCGGCGGCGACGAUCUGGAGGCGGCGCUGCGCGGCGCGGCGUACGCGAACAGGACGCUGAUCGUGACGGUGCUGAACAGGGCGUACGCCGCCGAGGACGGCGGCCUGCUCGACCUCUUCCUCCGGAGCCUGAGGGAAGGGGAGGGCACGGCGCAGCUCAUCGGCCACAUCCUCCUCGUGGCCACGGACCGGCCGGCCUUCCUCCGGUGCAGGCGCCUCGGCGGCGUCCGGUGCUACCAGCUCCCGCCGGCGGCAGCGGACGGCGCCGAUGACCUCUCGUCGGAGCAGCUGUACAUGUCGGACGGCUUCAUACGCAUGAUGUGGCGCCGCAUUCGCCUCCUCGGCGACGUCCUCAAGCUCGGCUACAGCUUCAUAUUCACCGAUUUGGAUGUGAUGUGGCUGAGGAACCCGUUGCCGAGGCUGGAGUACAGGCCGGAGGAGGAGGACCUCCUGAUCAGCUCCGACCAGUUCAACGGCCGCGCCGACGACUACGCCGGCAACGAGCUGAACACCGGCUUCUUCUUCGCGGCGUCCAACAGCCGCACGGCGGCGCUGUUCGACGAGUGGCACGCGGCGCGGGAGGCCCCGGCCUCGGCGGGGAUGAAGGAGCAGGACGUGCUCAACGACAUGAAGCGCCGCGGCGCGCUCCGCCGCCUCGGCGUCCGCGCCCGCGUCCUCGACACGGCGCGCUUCAGCGGCUUCUGCCAGGACAGCCGCGACGCCCGCGCGGUGGCCACCGUGCACGCCAACUGCUGCCGGACCAUGCGCGCCAAGGUUGCCGACCUCACCGCCGUCCUCGCCGCGGCCGGCCGGCGGCUCAACGGCACGUCGCCGGCGCUCAGGUGGCCGCCGCACUCCGAGUGCGUCAGGUCAUGGACGUGAGGCUGCGACCGACGCAGAAUAGUCGUGAGCUAACAGCAAAGGUUUUAACCACGAAAAAAAGCAGCACAGUGAUCUGAAUUCUUUAGGAAAAGAAUAGUUUCAGAGAAAAAAAAUGGAUUUUUAUAACAACUGAGUGAUAUUUAUACUGCAGAAAAUACUAAUGCAGCGUUAUUUUGGGGUCAGAAAGUUAUUACAGCCGAUACAACAGUUCUUCGUGUGACAGUUGAUUACAACAUUUGCCCCCCAUAAAACUAUGCAAA